CAGUGCGCAGAAUUGCUCAUCGACAAUUUAGCUGCACACGGCGUUAAAAUUCUACGACGAUACAUUCCGGAAUCAGUGCAAAAGCAGUCGGUAAAUGGUCAAGAUCGUCUCACGAUAACAUAUCGUGAAACGAAUGGAACAAAAGUGAAGUCAGAUUCAUACGAUACCAUACUCUGGGCUAUUGGUCGGGAGCCGAGAUUAGCGUCGUUGAAUGUUGAAGGAGUGGGAAUUAGGUUGGCAGAUUCAGGUAAAGUGAUUGCGAACGAUCGUGACGAAACAUCCAUAAAGAACAUUUACGCGAUUGGGGAUAUUGCUGAAGUGCCCACAACCAUAUUCACUCCAGUCGAAUACGGAUGUGUCGGCAUAUCAGAGGAGAAUGCCAUCAAACGUUAUGGAGAGGAGAAUGUUGAGGUUUCUGAAGCAACCGAUGUUUAA